AUGUCUGUCCAGCCGUCGCCGUCACGCGCAACUCCAACGCGCAAAACGCCCGGCGUCUCCUCCACGCAUCCAAACACUCCAACCAUCCAACCACCGCAAGCACAAUCGCAAUCACUAUCACAGUCACAGCAAGACGAAGUCAUGAUCAGCUCCUCCGAUCCAACUGUCGCGCCUCCAUUUCCUCCUCCACAGACAUUCGACGUCAUCCCGCCCCUCCACGCCCUCCUGGCACGUCUCUUAUCGAACCAGUCAUCCAGCUUCGCUACCGGUCAGCCGGGGGAGCCGGGCCUAUCUCAAUCUACGGAGCAGACGCCCGGCGGUGGGAUUGCGUCGUUGGACGGGCUUGAUCCGAAAUCAUUGCUUACGGGAGCUAGUGCGGUGAAGAUACGCAUUCAAAAGGCGAGGAAUGCGGUUGAGGAGAUGCCGGAUAUCGAUCGGACGAUCGCAGAGCAGGAAGAGGAGAUUGCGAUGCUGGAAAAGAGGAUUGGGAAGCUUAAGGGGGUUCUGGACGAUUUCAGAGUGAGAAGUGAGAAGCUUGCGGGUGGAUUAUGA